AUGAGAGAGUUGUUCCUUCUUCUCUUCCCUUUACUCUUGGUUAAUACCUUGUAUGCGGGCCCUUAUGAUGAACCCCACACUACGAACAAUCGAAAUGUCAUGGUACAUCUGUUCGAGUGGAAGUGGAAUGACAUAGCUCAAGAAUGUGAAACGUUCCUAGCUCCAAAUGGCUACGGAUCAGUCCAAGUAGGUGGUAAAUAACAUAACACAUAGCGUACUUUACCAGAUUUCUCCUCCAAACGAACACAUCAUGAUUAAAAUCAACAAUGAUGUACCGUGGUAUGUCAGAUAUCAGCCAGUCAGCUACCGCCUCAACAGCAGAAGUGGGAACGAAUCCGAGUUGGCCGAGAUGAUCCGGAGAUGUAAUGCUGUUGGAGUUCGUGUAGUAGCCGAUGUUGUUCUCAACCACAUGGUCGGAAUCAACCAGAGAAAAGGCGAAGAGCAACGAUGGUCUUCAGGCGAUUCACACUUUGAUGCCUCUCGAGGCAAUGAAGACUUCCCUGCAGUGCCAUAUGGAGCAGCUGACUUCAACGAUCCACUGUGUAACCAUGACAUAGAAGGCCCUGAUUACCAAUACAACGCCGCCCAUGUAAGACAAUGUCGAUUGAGCGGCCUGCUCGACCUUAACCAAGGCUCAGCUUCUGUCCGCCAGAAAAUGCAAGCCUACUUGAACAAGCUGACCCAACUAGGUGUAGCCGGCUUCAGAUUCGAUGCUUCCAAACACAUGUUCCCAGAAGACCUCAAAGCAAUCAUGGAAGGUCUCACCAACCUGCGCAGUGAUGUAAGUGAAAUAUGAACCGUGUUUACUUUACUUCUCAGAUAUUUGGUGAGAACCAGCGUCCAUUUGUUGUUCAUGAAGUUAUCGACCGUGGAGGUGAAGCAGUCCAAGUAGACCAAUAUACGGCUAUAGGUCGUUAUACAAACUUUAACUUUGGAUCAGCUGUAUCUUCAGCUGUCAGAAAAGAAUUCGAUGUUGCGUAAGUCAUACUACUGUCUAGCCUUUUGUAAAUAUUGUACAUAUUUUUAAUUAAAAUCAUAUGUUUAGCAACCUAAAGGAUAUGGGCAACGGUUUUGGCUACGGUAACAAAGAGUCUCAUGAAGUUCUCAACUUUAUUGAUAACCACGAUAAUCAGCGAGACGACCACCCCUAUGUCAUUACCUACAAGAGUCCAGAACAAUAUAAAUUGGCAGUGUCCUACAUGUUGGCCUGGAACUAUGGGUACCCUAGAGUAAUGAGCAGUUUCUACUUCGACAACUCUGUCCAAGGACCUCCACAUGCCGGCCGAGACUCUCGCUUUGCUACGAAAUCUCCAGAAUUCGAAGCUGACGGUACGUGCAAGGCGUCGAGUGGAUGGGUGUGCGAGCAUCGUUGGCCUCAGAUCCGAAGCAUGGUUAAGUUCAACCAAGAAGUGGGCUCGGCACCGGUUUCGGAAGUUCGAACCGGAUCCCAGAUGUUGGCAUUUGCUCGUUUAGGCCGCGGAUACUACGCUAUGAAUAACAACCCUGGGGAAUUCAUUGAGUAAGCAUAAAGAGAAAACGUAAUCUGUGUUUAGACAAAAUGUGAUGACCACAUUGCCAGUAGGCAUUUACUGCGACUUAUCAACCGGCGGGAAACUCGACGGGGCUUGCGCAGGAAAGUUCGUCAACGUCACCAACGACGGUAAGCCAUACCCACAACAGGCGGUUCACGACCCUUAUUUACAGGUUUGGCCGACAUCUACAUUCCGGGACACAGCUUUGUGGCCAUUGCGCUCUCCUGCAAACUAUGA